AUCAGCCCGCGCCGCCAUAUUGCACGCGAAGCCGCCUCCGCCAGCUCGGCCCCCGCUGCCUCCGCCUCCGCGGCCCGGCCCCACUCCCCAUGACCGCCCCCGGCCGGCCGCAGCCGCGGUGCGGGUAGGGCCGAGUGGGAGCGGCUUCCGCUACUCCGUCUCCGCGCUCCCGAGUUGUCGCCGAGUCCCCCGCCGCCGCCUCCUCCUUCUUCUUCUCCUCCUCCUCUUCCUCCUCCUCCCCACCCCCCAAACCUCCCAAACGCCCGGCCCGGCCGCUGCCCUCCCGCCGCCCGCAGCCAUGACGUCCCUCACGCAGCGCAGCUCCGGCCUGGUGCAGCGCCGCACCGAGGCGUCCCGCAGCGCCGCCGCCGACAAGGAGAGGGGGGCCGGGGGCGGCCCGGAGGACGAAGGCCGUCGGGAAGAGCCGGGAGACGACGAGAAGGGAGACUCCAAGGAAACGCGGCUGACCCUGAUGGAGGAGGUGCUGCUCCUGGGCCUCAAGGACCGCGAGGGUUACACAUCCUUCUGGAACGAUUGCAUCUCCUCAGGAUUGCGUGGCUGCAUGCUAAUUGAACUUGCGUUGCGUGGACGUCUUCAGCUAGAGGCUUGUGGAAUGAGGCGCAAAAGUCUGCUGACUAGAAAAGUGAUUUGCAAGUCUGAUGCUCCUACAGGGGAUGUUCUGCUUGAUGAAGCUCUGAAACACAUAAAAGAGACCCAGCCUCCUGAAACAGUACAAAAUUGGAUUGAACUGCUUAGUGGUGAAACAUGGAACCCGUUAAAGUUGCACUACCAGUUACGAAAUGUCCGUGAACGGUUAGCUAAAAAUCUAGUGGAAAAAGGUGUACUGACCACAGAGAAACAGAACUUCCUUCUUUUUGACAUGACUACGCACCCGCUCACCAACAACAACAUCAAACAGCGCCUCAUCAAGAAGGUUCAGGAGGCGGUUCUUGACAAAUGGGUGAAUGACCCCCACCGCAUGGACAAGCGCUUGCUGGCACUCGUUUAUUUAGCCCAUGCUUCAGAUGUCCUGGAGAACGCUUUUGCCCCCCUUCUGGAUGAGCAGUAUGAUUUAGCCACAAAGAGAGUGCGGCAGCUUCUGGAUUUAGACCCUGAGGUUGAAUGUAUGAAAGCCAACACAAAUGAGGUUCUGUGGGCUGUUGUAGCAGCUUUCACAAAAUAACUGCAAUCAGACUGAAGUGUUCUCUUUUCUUCCAUGUAAACCAGUUGUUUCUCUUCUAUUGACUAUUCAUAUUUCCUGUAAUUUGUACCUUCUCACAUGAUGAAUCAGCUCUUGUUUAAUGGGGAUUAUAAAUGGUGUAUUCCUUCCUUCUCUGUGCAUUUGUAUACAGGGUUCUGCUGGUACAAGAGAGCUUCCUGUUUAACACAACAACAGAAAAAGGUUUUACUGCCAUAUUGGCAUUCCAUUUCAUGUUAAGUAGGAGUUAUCUGAAGUACUUUGGUUACUCUAUUUUUCAUUUUAUUGUUACUGAAGUGGUUUAACAUGGAAAGCACCUCAAGGAAAUGUGCAUGCAAUUGGAUCACUAGUCUCAGCUGACACAGAUGUGUGCAUGCAUCAGUACUUCUACAGUAUGAUUCAUAGCAGAUCAAAAAGGGCCUUUUAAAUCACCAAAGCUCUAUGUUGAAGUGUCUGUCAGGGCAUUUUAUACACAGACCUUUUUUUCAAUUAUGUCUAACAAAAUUACUUUAAAAGCAGAAAUUCCGUUAAGCAGCUUUGUCAGUGGUCCUGUGAAGAUGCCCUAUAAAGUUUUACUUUUCAUGUAAGUCUCUCAUGUACUUAUACUUUCAUUAGAAUGAUAGGUGAGUCAGAAGGCUAGUGUAGAAAGGUCCAGUUGUUUCAUAAACCAGUUUGGGGAUGGAAUACAUUCCAUUAUAUUGUAUAUAUAGUUCAAGUUGUAUAUUAACAACUGCCCCAUCUUAGUAUUUUGCAAGAUCUAUUUAGUUGUACGCCUGGUGCCCCUUACUUGCUGUCAGUUGUUGCCAUUUGUUGGAAAGAAAGGCCUCUUAUAAAGAGCAUGUAUGUGAAAGCUUUUUGUUUCCAGUGUCUACAGAGUUCACCAUCCAGAUAUUCUCAGUCUAUACAUUGCCUUUGAUAAUUAGUGUACAGAAAGAGACCACUUUCUGUCAUUAAGUGUUUGUUUUUCUUUCCCCCUCCUGUAUGGAAGAUGCUUGUGACCAGUACAGUUCUUGAAUGCAGUUUUAAUUUUGUUUGUAUGCAAGUUAAUGUUUGUCUAAGUGUCAUAAUCUAUUUUACACUUUAAAACAAAGUCAGUCCUAGCAGGUAUUGCAUGUAGUGGUUUGCAAGUAAUGACUGCAGUUUGGAUGAUUAAGAUUUCUGCAGUGGGACACUCAUUUUAAUUUUUGUAUACAAUUAUGCUGAUUAGCACACUGCUGUGGGGGGGGGAAAAACAACAACAAAUAUUUACAACUUUGGCUUUUUAAAAUUUAUUGCCUCUUGACCACUCCUUGUUACAUCUCCCACAGUUUUCACAAUGUAAAUAUUAUGCAUUGAACAAAUAAGUAUUGGUUUAUAUAAUUUUUUCCUCAUAACGCAGAUUUAUAGUGGGGCUUACAGGUGUUUAGAAACGUUAUUGGUUAAUAUUCAGAGCAAGAAUACUAGAUGGUGUAUAACUGUAGAGUUGAAAUUUAAGGGAUCUCUUAAUCUGUAUACUAGCUUUUUACCUACAGUAAAUAAACUAUGAUCUUGAAAGUGCCUGAAA